AUGAGUUAUAUUGUAGGAGGAGGAGAUUUUUAUGCAAGUCAUACUUUUGAGACAUUGAAGUUAUUCAAAUUUAGUGAUGCUCUGCAUGCACAUGAGCAGCAGUUGUUGAUUGCUCGACACAAUUCACUCGCUACUGAUACGGAGGAAGACGCUGUAGUUGACCUUGAUGAUGAUAGUCCACAGUUCAAUUCAACAAUUUUGACUGUUAAGCAUAAUGAGGUCAAUAUGUUAGAUGGGGUAGCAGAUUAUACACUAAGACCUGCGGAAGAAUCAUUUAGUGCUCUUUAUUUGUGGGAGUUUACAGAGUGGGUCGUCAAAAUUAAUGAGUGCAAGGAUGCUCAAGAUGGAAUGUCUGAAUCAUUGCAAAAUAAUAUCUUGGAUAGUUUACCUUUCAUAAGCAGGAAUCAGGAAGAUGAUAAUGAUGAGUUGGAAGAAGCUUUAUUAGUGGAUCCUCUAUUAGAUAGUGCAGACAAUAAUGAUGAUGACGACGACUACAUUAAUUUGCAGAAAAGUGACUUGAAUGUGACAGAUCCUAGCUUACAUGAUGCAUUAGAAGCUGCAAAAACAGCUGAUCAAGUCGGAUUAUUUCGGUCAGCAGUCUCUGCUCUGCUCUGCGUGGAGAUAUGUUAA